AAUGUCAUGUGCCCCUCUAGAUAGUUAACCCCUUCACAGUGAGUUCAAAUGAUUCCCUGCACCAGUUAGCUUCCUCUCCGUACACUGGGAUUCGGAGCGCCUGGCCCAAGGGGGGUGACCCCCAUCUCUGGGGCGCCUGGGCCACUUUCCAGGGCAAGAAGGUCCCGCGCGGCCGUGGAGAAGCGAGUAUUGCCGCCGCCGGCCGGCAGGUGUCGCCCUGGUGCCGGAGCGGCCGCCGGCCGAGGUGUGCGCAGGCGCAGAAGGCGUUUCCGGCGCCGGCCGCCCGCGCCACCGCCUCCCUGGAGAGGAUGCUCGGGCUGGGUUGCGGACUGAGGCCCGUCGGAGCGGGACUUGGUGCUCGGGCCUCCGCCCGGCUCCCUGCGGGCGCCGCGAUGCCGAAAAAAGCUGGUGCGACGAACAAGGGUAAAAGCCAGAGCAAGGAGCCAGAGAGACCACUUCCUCAAUUAGGUCCUGUGGCAGUUGAUCCCAAAGGCUGUGUCACCAUAGCCAUCCACGCCAAGCCUGGCUCUAAACAAAAUGCUGUCACAGAUCUGACCCCCGAGGCUGUGAGUGUCGCCAUCGCGGCGCCCCCGUCCGAAGGAGAGGCCAACGCGGAGCUCUGUCGGUUUCUCUCCAAGGUCCUGGAGCUCAGGAAGAGUGAUGUGGUUUUGGAUAAGGGCGCUAAGUCUCGUGAAAAGGUGGUGAAGCUUCUGGCCUCCGUGAGUCCAGAAGAGGUCUUGAAGAAACUGGAGAAGCAAGUUGAGAAAAAAUAAAAGUAAGACAUUAAAAAAUA